AUGCGCACAGCACCAGGUCGUCGUCUUAUAAAUGUGGCCUUUUUAUUUCUAUUUCUUCGUCCAUCCAGGUGUGUUAUAGCAGUGGUGAAGAUGGCCACGUCCUGCAGCGCCGAUUUGAGCAAAACUGUGAAGCAGCAGUAUAUGGAGCUGCCACAGGGGGGUAUGGUGCAGGCGAUGUACAUAUGGAUUGACGGCACUGGAGAGGGGCUCCGUUGCAAGACCCGAACCCUAGACUUUGAGCCCAAAAGCAUUGAAGAUCUCCCAGAAUGGAACUUCGAUGGCUCCAGCACAUAUCAAGCAGAGGGAUCCAAUAGUGACAUGUACCUGAUCCCUGCCGCCAUGUUCCGUGACCCAUUCCGUAAAGAUCCCAACAAACUGGUCCUGUGUGAAGUGAUAAAGUACAACCGAAAGCCUGCAGAAACAAACUUGAGGAUUACCUGUAAAAAGAUCAUGGAUAUGGUGUCUGAUCAAGUCCCAUGGUUUGGCAUGGAGCAGGAGUACACCAUUUUGGGGACUGAUGGACACCCAUUUGGUUGGCCAUCUAAUGGAUUCCCUGGACCACAAGGUCCAUACUACUGUGGAGUGGGAGCAGACAAGGCCUAUGGCAGAGACAUUGUGGAAGCCCACUACAGGGCGUGUCUCUAUGCUGGUGUGCAGAUCUGUGGCACUAAUGCAGAAGUGAUGCCUGCUCAGUGGGAGUUCCAAGUGGGGCCUUGUGAAGGAAUAAACAUGGGUGACCAUCUCUGGGCUGCCCGCUUUAUUCUGCACCGUGUAUGUGAAGACUUUGGGGUUGUGGCUUCAUUUGACCCCAAACCCAUCCCUGGAAACUGGAACGGUGCUGGAUGCCAUACUAACUUCAGCACCAAGGAGAUGAGGGAAGAGGGUGGCCUGAAAGCCAUUGAGGAGUCAAUUGAGCGACUUGGCAAGAGGCACAGCUACCACAUCCGUGCCUACGACCCAAAAGGUGGGCUCGACAAUGCCCGCCGCCUCACUGGCCACCACGAGACCUCCAACAUUCAUGAAUUCUCCGCCGGGGUAGCCAACCGCGGUGCCAGCAUUCGUAUCCCCCGCAAUGUAGAAACUCUUCCUUUGCCUGGGAAGCGCAGAGGCAGACUGGACAAAGGAUGGAGAGAGGGAUGCUGGCCCUGUUGCCAUGACGACCACCGGAAUGCACAGGCUGGAUCCUGA